CCGGGCCGCACGCCUCUUCUUCCCCACGUAAACAUUGCAACCCCCAAAACAAAACACGAAACGCCCUGGCUGGAUGCAACUAUAAAACCGAUAAAUAGCCACGCGGCACUUCACUAUCGCUUGCUUUCGCGCUUAAACUUCAAAUUUCAAUUUUCGAACGCUCUAUUCUGUCAAUUGAGUGCACUUUAAAAAAGGGAAUUGAAUAUAAACGUGAAGCAAUAAAUAACGUGUUAUUAAAUUUUAAAAAAUAACGGUGAUUAACAGAUAAGAUUAAUGUAAAUAUUUCAAAAGUUUGAAUUAGUUAUCAAAUUAGUGCUACGAGUAGUUUGUUAUCGAAUAGAAAAUUGUUUGUUGAGUAAAAAACAACGAAGUGGGCAAUAAGUUGUUAAGUUUCGUAUUUUCAAGUUACCAAUUGUUAUAAGUGUUAAAAUUAAUAAUAAAGGUCGGUAACCUGCGUAAGUCUAAUUCAAUUAUAAGUCAAUUCCAAAUUUAAAAGUCUGUGAUUGCGUUCCGUUAACCCCUACGAUGGAUUAGUCGAUUCUUAUGGUAAAUUUAGAAUUAGAUCAUUUGAAAGUGACUUUAAAAUUUUGACAGUUGACAUAGUGUUCGAAAUUCAAAGUGAAAUAACGUAGAAGUUUAGUGUUGUUGUGGUGUCCAAGUGAUAUAAGAGUGGCACACGAAGAGAAGCGGUUACGAUAUUUCAAAAUGGCGUUCGCGGCUGCUCGUAUGAUUCUGAAGGACAAAAGGAGGAAGGCAUCAAAGGAAGACUUCAGGGACCCCAGAAAUAGGAGCAAGGCUCGGAGCGCUAGCACCAGUAGCUUUAGGAGUGUAAGUCAGGCACGAAACAAACCGGCUGAUGGCGGUGGGCACGUCAAUCAGAAGAAUGUUGCGGGACAAAAAGCCACACCACCCUGUCAAAAAGGUGCAUCAACAAAAGGAGGUCCAAAGACUCCUGUCAAGCCUUCAGCACAGAAGGGCGCUGCGAAAACAGCGCCUCCUAAACAGGCGGCAGCGGCGGCUGCGGUCAAAACUCCACAGGGGAAGAAGAAGAAGGGUCACAAACAUCAGCAGUAUGAACUCAUUGUCACCAUAAAUUUGUCAGAGUAUGGCCUUACGGAAGAACAAGUUGCAGAAUUCAAAGAAGCAUUUAUGCUAUUCGACAAAGAUGAAGAUGGCACGAUCACGAUGGCGGAACUUGGCGUCGUGAUGCGUUCGCUAGGACAAAGACCUUCAGAGACUGAAUUGCGGGAUAUGGUGAAAGAAGUGGACCAGGAUGGCAACGGCACCAUAGAGUUCAACGAGUUUCUCCAAAUGAUGUCCAAAAAAAUGCGUGGAACUGAUGGAGAAGAUGAGCUUAGAGAGGCAUUCAGGGUAUUCGACAAGAACAACGAUGGUCUAAUCUCUUCGGACGAGCUGCGCCACGUGAUGACCAACCUCGGUGAGCGGCUCAGUGAAGAAGAAGUAGAUGACAUGAUCCGCGAGGCUGACCUUAAUGGUGAUGGCAUGGUCAACUACGAUGAGUUCGUGACAAUAUUGACGUCGAAAAACUAGUAUGCAGAGCAAAGGCCGAAGAGAGAUCCUCCCCCAGCACGCCAGUGUCCUUACGAGGAUUUGCACAAGUUUGGAGGGAAAGAAACUCUUAUAUAAUUCCUUACGGCACGCAAAACUGUUUCAUAACGAAGUGUAAUACACUAUUUAACGUAAAUAACGCUAUUCAAAUAACGGUUAUUAACAGUUGUUUAUAAAAAACGCGCUUGGUGGCAGUGUAUACGUACAUAAAAUGUGUCUAGAUGUUUCCACGUAUUGAGUUGCUUCAAUUGAGUUCGUUAUCAAAUAAGUAAUCUAAUUACCUAGGAAUUUCAAACCCACAAAAAUGAGGCUGAUUAUAAAAUGUCAUUCUCAAACAUUAUCGCCUAAAUUAACUUAUUUUAGUGAUGGGAAAAGAUAAUUACUAUUGAAUACAUUCAAAUGUAAUAAACUAUCGAAAUAAGACAUAGGUCUGAAAGAUUAUUUACAAAUCUUUAGCUAUAUUAUUGUAGAGAUGGCAGAUUUAGAUAAUAAUUGUCUUUUCUGUAUUGGAGGAAACACAAAAAUUCAUUAUCAAUUCGUAAAUGGGAAUUGAUUCCAUCACUCACUCUGAAAGUACCACUAAAAUCUAUAUAUUUAUAUUUGUGAAUGACAUUCUAAAUUGUGUCUAAAAUUAGAGUCAAUUCUGAGGUAUAUAACUUAUUUUCAAAAUUACAAAUUUAUUUGAUAAUUUUACAAAACUAUUAUAGAUAAUAGUAUAAUUCUUCAUGAAAUGUUAAAUAAGUGACGCAAUUAUAUAUUUAAAAAUUUAAUUUAUAAUAGUCCUUAGAACAUUCAUUUUGCUAUAAUAUCAAAUGUAAAUAUUAAUUUUAGAGAUUGGGUUAGGGAAUGCUACUUCAGAAUCGACUCCAUUGCCUCUAAAAAGUAUCAAUAGAUUUUAGAGAUCGACAUAUAAAUAAUCAUAUACCUAGUAUCCCAAAUCGAACCACUGUAAAAUAACUCAUUACUAAUGACAAUAUUUUAGGUUAUUGGGGCCAAUUUUGAGGCAUAUCUGUAAACUUAUCGCUAAAGGUUAUAUUUUAAUUUGAUAGUUUUACUAUUUUAAUGACCAUCAAGAACUAAAUUUAUAAUAAUUUAAACUUAAAUAUAUUAUAAAUUUUGUGUAUAUUGAUCCAUAGAGUAAAUAUUUCACUGUGAUAUCAAAUUGAAAUCUUAAUUUUAUAGAUAGAUUUAGAGAAAUGCUUCCUCAGAAUUGACCCCAUUUUUAGCAAAUUAAUGUAUAUAAUAGCAAAUAACUUGUUCAAUUAACUGCUAUUAUAACGUUAAAGAGCUUAAACGUCACAAUUCAUGUUAGUUCAAAACUUUUUUUUUAAAUAGCGUAUUUUAUACUCACUGUGAAUUUUAUUAACGCUUUUCGUAGUAUUUAUAUAAUAUCACAAGUAGUUUACACUAAAAAAAAUGCAUUUUUAGAAAAAAAUAAUUGUGACUUAAAUUCUAAAGCACGGAAGGCAGGGUCGUCUGCAAUCUGCCGAUAGAUUCAUACAAAUAAUUUGAUUUGAUAAACAUAUAUGUAUAUAUUAGGACCAUAUACCACAGUGUAAAAAUAGAAACUAGUUUUUUUUUUUUUUAUAUAGAAACAGCUUUUUUUUAAUAACGCUAGCAGAUGAUGCCCCGCCCUAUUAAAAUGUACUAACUAUACCUUAUUAAUUUUUUUUUAUUUCUUUUUAAAUGAAGUCCAGAAAAUAGAGUCUAGAUUAGAUGGAAGUAAUAUUUUUGCCCUAAUAAGGUUAAUAUUUAUAAUUAAUUAAGUAUCAGAAUAAUUAGCAUCCGUUUAAUAUUUUAAUAUUAUUAGAACAGUGAAACGGAACGCACUUUCAAUGACACAUGACAUGUGGUGAGUAUCGAUAAAAAAUCAUGAAUCUUCCAUACUAAUUUAAAUAAAGUCUCAUACAAAAGACUACAGUGAUAAGAAUGCUAUUGUAAUAAUUGUUAUUUAAUUAAUUUUAUUUAUUAAUUAAAUAAAUUUUAAAACGAUAAUAAUCUUAAUUAAGGCAAAAAUAUGUCGAACAAAAAUUAUUAAUUAACUUUUAUUUAUGAUAAUUAAAAUGUAUCACAUUUUGAACUUGUAAAUAAUAGUCGUUUUUUUAAAAAUUAACAAUGAGGUCAUUGUAGGUAAUAAUCCAAACAAACAUCAUAUACUGUUAAAAAAAAUUUGGUUGUGUCAACAAUUUUAUAACAAUUGAUAAAAAAAAAUGUAUAAUUACAAUCAACAAUAUAAUCCUAGCGUCCUGUAGGUACGUAUACACGAUGUACGACUUUGUGUAGAGUUAGAGAAAAAAAAAAAUUGUGCGAAUUUUCAUGAAAUGGUUUCCGUUAGUCUUCCAAGUUGCGAAGGUUGACUGAAAAAGACGAGCCAAAAGUUAACGCAGUUCAUUAAUGUUACGUGGAAUCGAAAAUAAAAAUAUUUAUAAAGAUGUUAAUUGAGAAGAAGAUAAAAAAAAUUAUUAAUAAUAAGGUAAUUUUAUUCGUAAAAAAAAAGAAAGACGGCGGAGUUUUCCCAAAAUUUAUAAUAGGCACACGAAAAGGGUACUCUUUAUUCUAAUGAAAUAGUCUUUCUACAUUUUGCUAUACUCUUCAAGUAAGAAAAAUGUUAAAUUAACUGUUAGUGUCUCUUAUCUUAUUUAUACCUAUUUAAUUUGUUUCACUUUAUAUAAGAAAUAAGUAAAUUUAGGGCAAACAAUGCGAAAGAUUUAUAUUGUGUUUAAAAAAAAAAUUAAACCAAUAAUUUUUUUAACUCUCAUAUUAUUUCAAAAAACUUUACUUAUGUCAAAAUCAAAUAUUCGAAUAGAUGUUUACAAGCACUUUUGAAUUGUAUUUUUUUUAUGAGUACAGGGUUUAGAAAGUCGUUAUCUGCUGAGACGAAUCCGCAAGAAACUCAAGAGUUACUCUUUUAAAUAUCUGUUAACAUUAUAUCGGAAUACUUAUUUAGUUAAUUUUUAAUCAAUUUUGAUAUUUUUUUUCAACCCAGUAAUACUUUAUAAUCUUAAUUACAACAUUGUGUAGUUAAAUUCACUCGUAUUAAAUCGAAUUCUGUUUUAAGUACACACAAAUGUUUUAAUGGUCCAAGCGCAGGGCCGUAGCUAGGCCCAAGUUUAAAAUAAGGCAAGCAAACUUUUUAGAAAUGCAGAAGCCAUAAUUAAGUGACUUUGAAAAAGCGAAUCUAUCUAAUUUUCUUGGGGGCUUUCUUUUUAAGGUAGGGCAUUGCCCUUAAAUACUUCCCCCCUAACUACGGCCAUGUCCAAGCGUCAAUAAAAUAAACCUAUGAUAUAGGUAAUUAAUAAAUAAUAAAAAACAAAAAAUCAUAUUUGGAUAAAUAAAAGAAAAAUCUACAAACGUUUUUUCUAUGCAUAAAUGUUAAUAAAAGUAAUACACUACAAUUUUUUUUAUUUGUAAGUAAGUAAUUAGUUUUAUCUAUUAAAAAUAUAUUUUAUAAAAAUGUUAUGGUUCAUUUAAAUGUAAUUAUUUCGCUGUAUAAAUGCUGAUAUAUAUUUAUAAAUGGUUUAAUGUUUGAUGGGCUUCCUCUUGGUUGAUUUACAAAAUAUAUUUUCAUAUAUUUUAUAAGCUUACUAUCAUUCAUUGCCAUACUGUGACGUCAUCGCAUUAAUUGCUCACGUAAAUGAAAAAAAAAAAUAGUUUUAUUGACAAAAAAAAAAAGACAAUAAAAAGGACAAAAUAUUUAUAAAAGAGUAUCUAUUACAUUCUAUAUUAUAAUUAUUUACUCGACUAAUUUAAUUAAUGUUCAUUUAUGAACAUUCACAUAUCAGAUAGUUAAGAUAUCAAAUUGCAUAGUCGUGUCGAUGCAGCGGUUUCAAAUCUAUACUUUAAUUAUUUCAUAUAUUUAUUUAAGUAAAAAGUAAAAAUUUCAUUAAAAAGCAUAAAUAAAUUAUAUUUUACCUAUUAUGUUACCUAUUUAUAUAUGCAUAGUUAAAGAAAAUUUUAUUUAAUAUAAUAUAUUAAUAUUACUGUUUAUAAUUAUUCUUCUCCAUCAGAAGGUUGCCUGGAAGAGAUCGCUUUAAGCGAUAAGGCCACCUAUUGUUUUCUUACUGUAAUAUUUUCUUGUAAUUGUUUGUAUUUAUAAUAAUUUUACUAUUGUAAUCUUUUGGAGGAAACAAUAAAUAGUAUCUAUCUAUUUAUAAUUUAGUUAUUAUUAUUAAUUUAAACAUAAUUAAAUGUUACAAAUACAUAAUUACUUUUUCUUAAAGCAAUUCUUUAUUUGAACGCACUUUACGUUUUAUAUAUUUACAGUAUUAUUGAAAUUUGCUCUAUUUUAUUUUAAUAAAAACAGUCAUCAAUUUUGACAGAAUUAUUAACUAUAAAAUUAUUAACGUAAAUCUUUUCGGUUAAAGAACAGAUGUUAUAACCGUUUUUUAAGUUACCCCACUGGAUCGGCGACUGGCAAUUAACAGAAAAUUUACUUUUAAUAAUAUAUUAAAUAUUAUUCAUAGAUAAAUUAUAUUGUAUAUAACUAAAUUGAGUCAAAGGUAAACUUAUUUUUAAUUUAAGUAAAUAAAUUUAUAUUUUAUUAUAAAAUUAAAUAAAUUAUCCAAAACACAAUUGUUUUAGACCUUCCAAUUAAAAAUCUCACCAUUAUAAUUACGUUGUUUUAGUACAUUUUUUUUUAUAUAUAAUGAUUAUGUAUUAGAUUAAUUUAAAACCUAUUUAUAUAAAAUCAUGUACUAUUUGUUCUAUGUAUUUAAUCAGAGAAGUACGGUAUUGUAUAUUUUAAUGACCUCAUAAUUUAUACCAUAAUUUAAAUAUAAUAAACACAUUUUACUGAUAGAUUUAGUUUAAGAAAAUUAUUGUAACUCAUAUCCAUCCAAAUUCACAAAAUAAAUCUUUGUUCCAAUGCUUUGUCCGUGAUAUUAAAACUGCUGGACCUAUUGAUUUAUUUAUUUAUCAACCGACUUCAAAAAAAGAGGUUCUCAAUUCGAUCAUAUUAUAUAAUAUAUUUUUUUUUAUAUUUGUUACCUAACAACCUUCGUCAUUAGUAAACCGAUUUGGAAAAUUAUUUUUUUAUCUGAAAGAAAUAACGGUCAAUCGGUUAGUCUUUUUUUUUUUAAAUGGCAAGCAAACUGACUGUUCACCUGAUAGAAAAUCUUAAAGAAAUAUUAUUAAAAUUGAUUCAAGAAAUUUAGUUUUUGAAUCUAAUUUAGUUUUAAUUUUUUAUGACCUAUAAGUAGUUAUUAUGUUUAUAUUUUAUCUAUUUUCAACCGACUUUAAAAAGAAAGAGGUUCUCAAUUAGGUUACAUUUUUUUAUGUUUGUUACCUCAUAACUCCAUCAGUUAUAAAUCAAUUUGGAAAAUGCUUUUAUCUAAUAAUAUACUUACAGAUCAGUCCCAUAGAAAUUUUAUCAAAAUCGGUUCAGUAGUUUGAUUUUUAAAUCAAAACAAUUGAUUUUGUCCCAAUUGAAGUCUGAAACAAUCUUUUAUAUAUACUGUAAUGAUGUCUGUUUUAAAUUUUGUUGAUUUACAAAAUGGCUAUUUCAAUAAAUACAGGCGUCGAUGUCUCGAUUCGAUACUAAUUUAUUUUGAUUAAUUUCUAUCGUAAAACUAAAAUUAAUGUUAUAAUCAUAAGAAUUAUGAAUUAGUUUUAUCAUAGUGAACAUAGCCAAUGCAAUAUCGAACAUAAAGUGGUAAAACAUGAGCGGUAUCAUAGGCGUUACCGUAUAUCCUGUGAGGUCCGGUUACCAUCAGAUGAGUUGUUGGUGAACAGCUCGUUCGCUACUUUCGAACAAGUUGAAUGGUUGUUAAUAUAUUAUACUGAAUACAUAUAUAUAUAUAUAUAUAUUCAUGAACUUACUAUAUUUGCCAUUUCUACAAUUGUUUCUACUUCAUCCGUAAGUCUUCUUCCGCUGAAAGCGUCAUGCUUUCCUUUUUGACUGGUCAUGUCAAGGAUAGGGGGAGGAAUUUCUCGGUUCGUAACAGGAAACGUACUACGUAUUGCCAAUCCCAACGUAGUAUACAAUGAUUGUAAAAAUGUUAAGUAUAAAAUGGUUUACAAUUGACAAUGUCUUGACCAAACCAAUUGAGAUAAAUUUUGAAAAUAUGAGCUAUAUUGCUCGUUAAUCUUGUAAUUCAGUUAUCCGUCUCUGUUCAUUUUUUUUUUAACAAAAUAGACAAAACUAUAUAAAUUCUUUAUUCAUUAUCCGGACAUUUUAAAUGUGGAUUUGGAUUGAAAUUGUGAUACGAUAAACUAGUUAAAUGACUAUAGUUUUUUGAGUUAUUAAAUAUGUUUAAUAAAUUGUAAACUUCAUAACAAUUGUCAUUAAAAUGCAUAAGAUUCGAUUAAAACAGGUCAAGUAUUUUGUUAUGUACAUAUAUAAAGGACAAAAGAUAGACAAACACUUAUUUUAUAUAAAGUACUUUCGAAGUUAUCAAUAAUAAUAAUAAUAUAAACACAAUAUAUCUAUCAAAUGUCACAAGAAUCAUCUCUAUUUACUAUAAAAUACUGUUUUCUUUUGAAAUCGAUUUUCGAUAAUUAAAUCGAUUUCAUUAUCGAUUAAAUUCACUCACUUCAGCAACUAUCACAACAUGUAACAUUCGAUUUUAAUAUUUAUUUGUUUGCAAUAAGAGUGCAUGUGGUACUUGUAUUGUCUCUGAAUGGUUGACAAUUUUUUAUAGGGUUGCCAAUAAAAAUAUUUAGAUAUAAUUACGAUUGAUAUUGUACGGUAGUUACGGUAAAUUGUGCCUAGGCCGCCUUGUAUUACAAUAAAUAAGAAGUGAUCAAGUGGUAAUCGUUUUUGGUACUCACCUGAAAAGAGGAGAAAAUUAGCAUGUAUUUGCUAGAACCACUGCUAUCGUUAUAAAAAUCUAUUCUAAGUACAAUUAAUAUUCAUUUGCUCACGUAGCAUAACUAUCGAUAUACUUAAAUAGAUUUAUAUUUUAUUUUAAUUUUUUCUUAUUUUCAUUUGCAAUGUUUCAACGUUAUUCAUGACUAAUUAAGGAUAAUAUAAUAAUAUUAAAUCACGUUCUAAUGUAAGUGGCAACCCUAUAGUAUAUUGAAUGUUGGUACUGAAUAUGUUUGGACUGGCCAUUUGUUGGUCAAAUUAUAUGUAAAAAACAAUGUUAUAUAUAUAAAAUGAAGUUGUAUGUAUAUGCGAGUUAGAUAUUCGAUGUAACUAGGUGAAUAUACAAGCUUGGUAUGAAAAAAAAAGGUUUUAAUAAAAUUGAUAUGUGAAAUUGUA